GGGGAACUGUCGGCACUUGUUACCAGUCAAAUAAAAUCUGAGACUGAUAAUGUAACAUUAAAACAAACAAUUUUAUUCUGAAUUUAUUUUUAAAUUGGAUUCGUAAUGAGUACUAGAAGUCACAGCCGAUGGUUCCAUCCCAAUAUUACUGGAGUAGAUGCCGAGAAGAUGCUUACUGAUAGGGGCUUAGACGGAAGUUUUUUAGCUCGACCCAGCAAAUCUAAUCCGGGAGAUUUCACAUUGUCUGUCAGGAGGAAUGGUGAGGUGACUCACAUAAAAAUUCAAAAUACUGGUGAUUAUUAUGACUUGUAUGGAGGUGAAAAGUUUGCAACAUUAGCUGAACUUGUGCAAUACUAUAUGGAAAAUCAGGGCCAACUAAAAGAAAAAAAUGGAGAAGUUAUUGAAUUAAAGUAUCCUCUAGUCUGUGCUGAUCCUACAACUGAACGGUGGUUUCACGGUCCACUGUCUGGGAAAGAAGCCGAAAGAAUUUUGAUGGAUAAAGGCAAAAAUGGUAGUUUUUUAGUUCGUGAAAGUCAAAGUAAACCUGGAGAUUUUGUGUUGUCUGUUAGGACUGAUGAUAAAGUAACUCAUGUUAUGAUACGCUAUCAAGAUGGCAAAUAUGAUGUUGGUGGAGGAGAAAAAUUUGACAGCCUUACUGAUUUGGUUGAGCACUAUAAGAAAAAUCCAAUGGUGGAAACUAGUGGAACAGUUGUUCAUCUGAAAAUGCCAUUUAAUGCCACGCGAAUAACAGCAUCUACCAUCGAAUGCAGAGUUCAACAAUUAGCAAAAGAAAAUAGUCAGAGUAGUGGAAAAGCAGGCUUUUGGGAAGAAUUUGAAUAUCUUCAACAACAAGAGUGCAAGCAUUUAUAUAGUAGAAAAGAAGGACAGAAACCUGAAAACAGAUCAAAAAAUCGAUACAAGAACAUUCUCCCCUUUGACCAUACUAGAGUUAUUUUAAAAGAUGUUGAUCCAAAUGUUCCUGGCUCUGAUUAUGUUAAUGCUAACAUUAUUACUCCUGACGAAGAUUCAACUGGGGAUGGAUCCAAAAAAUACUAUAUUGCAACUCAGGGAUGCCUACACAAUACUGUUGCCGAUUUUUGGAGGAUGGUAUGGCAGGAAAAUACCAGAGUAAUUGUUAUGACGACUAAAGAAAUUGAAAGAGGAAAGAAUAAAUGUGCUCGUUAUUGGCCAGAUGAAGAUCAAGCCAAAGAAGUUGGAAAAUUUGUUUUGAAAAAUAUUUCAGAGUCUUCAACUACAGAUUAUAUAUUGAGAGAAUUUUCGCUUACAAAGGAAGAAAAUACUGAACAACGCACAAUUUACCAUUACCAUUUUACGGCUUGGCCGGAUCACGGUGUGCCAUCUGACCCAGGAUGUGUUCUAAACUUUUUGCAUGAUGUAAAUCAUCGCCAGGAAUCUAUCAAUGGAGCUGGUCCAAUAGUUGUGCAUUGCAGCGCUGGCAUUGGAAGAACUGGAACUUUUAUUGUUAUUGACAUGAUUGUUGAUUUGAUAAAAAGGCAAGGUCUUGAUUGUGAAAUCGACAUUCAGAGAUCAAUACAAAUAGUUCGAUCCCAGAGAUCUGGAAUGGUUCAAACAGAAGCACAAUAUAAAUUUGUUUAUUUAGCUGUACAGCAUUAUAUUGACACUUUGCAACAAAGGAUACAAGCAGAACAGAAAAGCAUUCAGUUGGGAAGAGAAUAUACGAAUAUAAAAUAUACAGCUGAAGCUGCUGGAACGACAGAGCCAGUGAAGGUGCAUACAAAUACUACACCUUGUGCAACAACUGUAAGCCCACCUACACCAACUAUGCCCCCCCUUGUGUCUCGGACUUCUUGUGAAAAUUUAAAACCUCCCGUGCCUCCUCGACCUAGUCCAGAAACAGUAGUGCCAAGACCCCCAGACGAACCCUUACAACUGUAUGAAAACAUACCUCUGAAAGAUAAGCCUUUGGUGGUACCUUUGACUCCAUCAUUCAAUAUUGGUCCUCCUCCUAUGAUUGCUCCCCCACCACCUCCUCGAAAGUCAUGACAGUUUGCUUUUAUCAGUACUGAAAAAGAACUUGCCAUUGAACUUUACUCAAACUGCCUGAAAGCCAAAGCAAGUAGUUGCUUCUUUACCAGGUGUUGCUGAGCGACAUGUAUGGGACAUUACAAAUGUGCAUUACUAAAGCGUUUCUUUGAUAUUUAAGACUUUUUUUCUGCUUUUUGUACAUAUUUUCUAUUAUCAUUCCACUAUUGAUCUUAAAUUAUAUGAAAAGAUAUUUUCAAAAAUCUAUUACUUUCAAAAAAUUUGCUUUUCAUACCCAAAGUUAUCUUCUCUAUUCCAUUCUUUCUAAAAUAAGGACAUGUUUAGUUAUUGUCAAUGUUUAGAGCUUUUUAGAGGCUUAAAUGUGCGUUUGCUUUAUCUGUUUGCAAUUGCUAGUAUUUGUAUAAGAUCUAAACUUACUAGUGCCUGAAAAUAUUAAGGUACACACUGGUUUGACAUUUAGCAAUGUUAAAUAAUACUGUGUCAAAACCUAUAAUUGCUGUAUUUAUUUUUGUAAGUCAUUUUUGUAACUUUUUAUACAUAGGAGCUCUAAAAAAAUAAUUAUCC